AUGGCGGAAGGCACUCCAACCUUCAAGCUCGUCCUUGUCGGUGAUGGUGGUACUGGAAAGACCACCUUCGUCAAGCGCCAUUUGACCGGAGAGUUCGAGAAGAAGUACAUCGCAACUCUCGGCGUCGAAGUCCACCCACUUGGCUUCACAACCAACCUCGGCCAGAUCCAGUUCGAUGUGUGGGACACAGCAGGUCAAGAGAAGUUCGGUGGUCUUCGUGAUGGAUACUACAUCAACGGCCAGUGCGGUAUCAUCAUGUUCGACGUCACUUCCCGCAUCACCUACAAGAACGUCCCCAACUGGCACCGCGAUCUUGUCCGUGUCUGCGAGAACAUUCCGAUUGUCCUCACCGGAAACAAGGUCGAUGUGAAGGAGCGCAAGGUCAAGGCCAAGACCAUCACUUUCCACCGCAAGAAGAACCUCCAGUACUACGACAUCUCGGCCAAGUCCAACUACAACUUCGAGAAGCCAUUCCUGUGGCUCGCGCGAAAGCUUGUCGGCAAUCAGUCUUUGGAAUUCGUUGCUGCCCCAGCUCUCGCACCUCCGGAGGUCCAGGUCGACCAGGCCGCCAUGGAGCAGUACCAGAAGGAGAUGGCAGACGCAGCCAACAUGCCGCUGCCUGAUGAGGAGGACCCAGACUUGUAA